AUGCCCUCCUCUGCUGACUAUAUAAUUGUCGGCGGUGGCACCGCCGGCCUGGUGGUCGCCAACCGAUUGUCCGAAGACCCCAACAUCCAUAUUGUUGUGCUGGAAAGUGGCCCAGACUGCACCACCGAUCCUCGAGUGCACGAUCCAAAAGCAUGGCCGACCUUGCAGGGUUCAGAGCUGGAUUGGCAACUGAAGACGGUACCCCAGCCCGGCUUUAACCACCGUGAACAAAUCUUUCCUUCCGGGAAGGUUCUGGGAGGUUCAGCUGCCAUCAAUGGGUUGGCAUAUCUGCCACCAUCACCUGCCGGUAUUGACGCAUGGGCGCAGCUGGGCAACUCGGAAUGGAAUUGGGACUCGCUUCUUCCGUAUGUGCACAAGUCCUAUACGGUCUCUGCGCCUGAUGCAGAGACCUGUAAGGAGAUGGACGUGAAGCUGCAGACCACAGGCUCCGGGCCCAUUCAGGUAUCUUAUCCUGUCCUGGCAGAAAAGACAAACCAUGCCCUCCUCCAGGCCUGGACCGAUGCCUUCCAGGACCAGGGAUAUGAAUGCGCGAGCGACCUCCUAUCGGAAAAGAAAACGGUUGGUCCUCGCCACUACUCAGCAGUGAUUGACCCUAAAUCUGGCCUUCGGAGCAGUGCCGAUGGUGAGUAUGGCAUUCCAGCCAUGAAGAGGCCCAAUGUUGAGAUUGUGACGGGGGCGUCUGUUCGUCGUAUCGUGUUUUCCACUCCUUCCUCCGCUCUGCCCGUUGCAACCGGUGUCGAAGUCUGCAUAGGUGGUCAAGUUCGCACUGUGGAUGCAACGAAGGAGGUGAUCCUCGCUGCGGGUGCCCUUCACACCCCGAAGCUGCUCGAACUCUCUGGUAUAGGAGACAAAGAGGUGCUCGACCGCCUUGGGAUUUCCCAGGUGAUUGAUAGUCCAGGUGUCGGAGAAAACCUGCAGAAUCACGUUCUCAGCGUCUUGCCCGUGCCGCUGAGCGACAUCCCUGAAGCCACAAACGCGGUGCCAGGCAUCCAAGCCACGGCAUUUGUGCGCUUGGAUGCGCAGGAAAAGGCAGAAGUCUUAGCCCACGUAGCCCCAUCUGGUCACGACCACGACCGAGUCAUACGCUCAAGAAUCGAGCAACCCGAUGAAGCAUCAGCGCUGGUGCUGUUCAUAGUCGCGCCGGGCAAUCUGGGCGUGUUGGUGGUGAUUCCCUGUUUCCCUCUGUCUCGUGGAAACACUCACAUCCACACCAUGGACCCGGACUCCCAGCCGACCAUCGAUCCACGAUAUUUCAGUCAGGAACUGGAUCUAGAGAUCAUGGCCAGGCAUGUUCAGCACGCGCGGAAACUGCCAUCUGCACCGGCCAUGCGACGAUUCUUCCAGGCGCCCGAUCUCGAGGCCAUGGAUCUGAGUGCGAUCAAAGAAUCGCUGCGAUCGAGUGCUCAGACAGCGCAUCAUUACUGCGGCACGGCGGCCAUGUUGCCGCGCGAGAAGGGCGGCGUAGUGGAUCAGAACCUGCGAGUUUAUGGGACCCCUAAUGUGCGGGUGGUAGAUGCCAGUGUCUUUCCUCUGAUUCCGCACGCGAAUCCCCUAGCGACGGUGUAUGCGGUGGCAGAGAGGGCUGCCCAUGUCAUCGCGAACAAAUAA